UAUUUUUUAUCUUUCUUAAUAUGGAAACUAUUUAUACCGAGAUAAAUGCCAAAGUCAAUCAAGCUAAGACUAAUGUAGACUAUUUCCAUACAGUUUACAUGAAAGCCACUAAAUUAGGUUUGGCAGACGAAACAUUCCAAAUCGUGACUAACCCGAUCAUUUCACAGAUGGAACCAAUCAUCGAUUUAGCCAAGGACGUUGUAUACAACUUGCAAGUUCUACGGAAUUCAAGUCCAUACUCAAAUUUUCUUCGAGAUCUUAAUGCGACCGACGAGGAUGCAGUCUAUGUUUUGGAAAAAUCAAAAGUUCCAUUGAAUAUAAUGCGAAAAGUGGUUGCUGAUGCAAAGGAAAGGAGAAAAGCAAGAGAAGAAGUGCAAGAACGAGCAAGGGAGGAACGAACCAGGAGAGAACAGUUUACGCUUCCAUCGGUCCAUCGUCAUUAAGUUUGGUUAGCAAAUCACAAUAUAUGUAUUUUGUGUUAGCUUCAAAACUAAUCAUUUGCUUAUUCUUUUUUAGAAAAGUUUACAUAUGAAAAUAUCAUAACAUAAAAACAUGAUCGACAUAUUUUACA